GUAGGAUUAGGGAUGCGCUUGCCCAAAUUGUUCAUAUGUUGAGAACGCCAACUGCGAUACAUGCUACGAAUGAGGGUGGUGUACCCACAGUGGCACUUAAUGAGAUUCUUUCACCUCCGGUUAUAUCCUCAUCCGAGGACGACGACCAAGAGACGAUACGUCGGAUGUACAAUCGAUUUUCUGAAGUGAUACAGAUGCAUCGUAAGGCUGUCCCCGAAAUUACUUUUCAAACGAUGUCAAUAAAGUCUGCCGAGUGCAUGUGGGAUUUAUACGGAUACACGAUAUCCUGCAUCGAAAUAAAUCAACGAGGUCUUGGUAAUACAAAUAGUGAAGGGAUUACAGGGUUAACGUUGGUUGAUGGUAUCAACGCACAAAUGUUGACACUUCUUAGAGUUUUAUCGGAAACGAUACUCACAUACAUCAGCACAAUGUUGAUCGGUCAACGUGGCGAGUUGGGGCUAAAACAAAUGUCUUCGCACAGAAUACAACAGAUAUUUUAUGGACAUCCAGUGUUUCAACCGGAGCGCCCUGUACAAAGUCUGAUAUCGGGUCCUGUCGCGGAUCCUUCAAGAAAAGUCAAUGGGAUAAUUGGCCCCACCUUCCAGUUCACCAAGAUUAAACCUCUGUUACUCGAAGAUCCCUUUUUGGUGCUCGUCGAGAUUAGUAUGUUCACAGCCUCCGCCGCGGAUUACGAAAUCUAUCACGUGAUGCGUUUACUAUUUACGGCCGAAAUAGUCAAGGCUAUCAUCUCGGUGGUUGAGUCCACAUCAAGCGAAGGACUUAAUUCCUGGAAAACAGAUCGACGAAUCGAAAGGAAUUAUAUCACCAGUUCAUCAUUCUCCGAACCACAAUCAAUACGAGAUUUCGUUAUAUGGUUAUUACGGCAAGUUGGAAAUAACGAAAAUGAUACCUUAAAAUUUUUCGAUGAGGUUGAAGAGUCGACUUUUUUGAAAAUGAUUCGAUCAUUCUGUUUGCCAUAUCUGAGAAAAUGUGUCAUUCUAUUGCAUUCAAGAUAUGGCGUCGUGUUUCCCCUCAAUCUAUUGGACAAUGUUGGUUCAGAGAAAUCUGAAUUUUUGAGGUUAUCCAAGUUGCUUGGGCUCCCAUCAUUGGAGCAAAUCUGUUCAUUAAGUGGUGAUACCACCGCAGGCGACAUGACCAUAUUAGCGAUUAUCGCAGGAUGGUGUCACCAUCUGUACGCCCUUCGACGGGAACCGUUGCCACCAACUAAUUCAUCGGGAGAUCCCAGCGACAUCAGCGUGGAUAAUGGAUUUUGCGUAUCAAGCGGAGUUUCUUCUUAUACCUCGCAUCAAGACAUAAUCAUCAGGAUGAAUCAUCCAGCAAUAUUUGAAUUAGUCGCAUUGCCAAAAAAAUUGGUGGACUUGUUCGAAGAGAGUCUGAAGAAAGCUUGCAAGAAAUGUAAGACUAUACCUCAUGAAUCCGCCUUGUGUCUACUUUGUGGGGAUUUUGUAUGCUACCAAAGUCAUUGUUGUCAGGAGCAAGAUAAGGGGGAAUGUAAUGUACAUGCGAAGAGUUGCGGCGGUAACAUAGGAAUUUAUCUGCUUGUCAAAAAAUGCGCGAUUCUUUUACUUCACCUUGACAACGGAUGUUUCAUGAAUGCGCCAUACCUCGACAUUCACGGUGAAGUUGACUUGGGAUUAAAACGCGGCCGUCCUCAACACAUCAGUCAGAAGCGAUAUGACGAAGUCCGAAAAUUGUGGUUGACGCAUGGUAUACCAAUACAUGUUGCAAGAAAAAUUGAGCAGACAUUUGAUUUUGGAGGUUGGACCACUAU